UGAUAAAAUAAGCAUGUAGAAACUUUUUACUCAGGAACUUGCUUGUGUGCUUUCAGAACUACAUUCAAAAUUCCUCUGCUGAAGCAUGUGAUUGAUAUGUAUGUAUAGCUUAAAGUAAAAGCUGGACUAAUAGCUUAAUUUGCACAUAUUCUUCUUCUGAGUAUUUUGAACACGAAUAAACUUUUGGUGCUUAACAUCAACUUACUUAACAGAUGAAAUAAACAUUCUUACCAAAUCCAUUUGAAGGGAUCCGAUCUUUAUAUGGAUUGGUGGGAUACUCAAAAUCAGAUUGUUAAGUUGAGCUGUAAAAUUGUAAGGUAUUACAUGUUUGCAAAUUUACAGUGGUGAUAUUCCAACUAAAAAAAAUAUAAAUGAUAUUUAGCUCAUCUGUUUAAGAAUACUAAAAGCUCUCUCUUUUGCUUAGCAUAUCAAGUUACUGAAAAUUGAUGCGAACAACCUGUGUGUGAGGUUGUUAGAAUUGAGACCCUAGUUUGCGUCAAUUCUACAAUGACAAUUGAUAUGAUUGUGUAGUGUCUUACAACUAUUAAAUAGGUGAUAUGAAGCUGAACUUUCAUACAGUUACUAGCUAGCUUACUACACCUUGUGGUUGUGACUUGUGAAAAUGAGUCCCCCACCUCUUCCAAGAUAGGAUCUUCACAUAAGUAUUAGUUCACAAUGAGCUUACCACAGAUUCAAUGCAAGUAAGGCGCCUUUUUUCACAUUUCGGAAAUUUUAUGGUUUGUGCAGCAGAACUUUUACCUUGUGGUCAGCAAACAUCAAAAAGUUGGACAUUGAACAUUAUCUUAGUAGCUGUACAUGCUAAUAUUCAACCUGCCAAAAGCUCCAGUCGAUGUUAUCCUUGUGGUCGGCCAACAUCAGAAAGUUGGGCAUUCAGCAUUAUCUUAGUAGCCGUACAUGCUAAAAUUUCAAUUUGCCAAAACCUACAGGAUUUUUUUCAUGCAGAUUCAGAUGAUGGCUUACAUGCUUCAGGAAAAGAGAACGAUAUUGGUAUGGAGACUUUACCUUGCAGUUGGACGCUUCAUAGUUCAUACCACUUUGAAUGAUGGACAGAUGCAGGGGAGACUGGCUUAGAGGAGUGCAAUAUACUUGGGAGUAGAUUAACUUUUAGAGUUUCAGACAACAAUUCUGAGGUACUCUAUCUCUUGAUACAGAUUAUUCUUGUUAAAAAGUUUGUUAUGUACAUAUUUCAGGCAGUGUUCCUGCAUACUAAAUUUUGACGCGUGGUAUGUCAGAGAGUCAGACUCAUAUAUGUAUUACCUGUAUGGCUUUAUCUCAGUAUCUGACACCCAUACCAAAGUACAACACAAAUGAAGAUGUUAGUAGUGUAAAUUUCUGGCAAAUAGAGUUAAACCUGUAUUAGUCAUGUUUAUUAGAAAUCUGCAGUAUUUGUUUUUUAAUCAAAAUGCUACAAUUAUACAAGUAU